AUGGAUACCCUGGGUGCAACGGUACAUAAGGAGUUCUCCUACAUACACAUCCCUUGCGAUAUCAAUAGCCCGGUAGAGCUGCUUCGUUUCGAGGGAACGGAAGACAAUUUCCGUCAGCAGCUAACUAACCACUUUACACGUGAUAAGCUUCUUUCUGACGAACGGGAGGGCUUUGAGAAAUACCUCAAAUCACAGCUGAAGGAAAAUCAAGCCAAGAGCGGGCCUGAGACAUCGUCAAACAUUGACCUCAGUGAAGACUUCCUUAAAAGUUCCAUAGACGCUGCCAGUACAAACUACCAGAUCAUUCCGUUGACCCUACCAACCAAAAAGAAUGGCUUUAUUGGUGUUAAUUGCUACAUAGAUGGAAUAGGACGGGUGAAAAAUCUGCCUACAAACGCACGCGCCACCAAACUCUGCUCGACAGACAUACGGGGCGAAUGUUUCAUAUCGAAGACCUUUGACGAUGAAGACGUUUUCAAGAGGGUUGACCUUUCCAUGGAAGACUACAAUCAUCUAUUCGAGAACCCUCCGGACCCAACUGGAAGAUGGGACAGUUCUCAGGCAUUCUCCAAUAUCUUGAAUCCUCAGAACGCUGGCGCUCUGGGAGCCAUGCAGGCGAAGAAAGAGGAGGUCUCCAAACACUGCGAGAACUGCAACAAGGAGGACACUAAGGAGUCACCACUCAAAAUAUGCUCACGAUGCAAGAAAGUCAAAUACUGCUCUGUGGAAUGCCAAAAAGAUGACUGGAGGUUCCACAAACGUAUAUGCAACGCCAAUUAG